AUGAAUGUGUAUGUAUGUAUGUGUGUAUGUGUGUGUGUGUGUAUGUGUGUAUGUAUGUGUGUAUGUGUGUGUGUAUGUGUGUAUGUGUAUGUCAUGAAUUUGUUUACUCAAAUAACAUUAUUAUCAUUAGCUUUUAAGGUU